AUGUCGACAGCGGCCUUUCCACUCUCGCCAAGAGACGCCCUCCUCCAGGCAUACCAAAAUCAAUCUCUGCACGAUGUACCUGUCCCGGCUGCGGUGAUAGACGUGGCAAAGAUAAAGGCAAACUGCACUUCCAUGCUGAAUGCCGUCAAAGAGCUGGGUUUCAGUUUCAGAGCUCACGUGAAGACUCACAAAACAACAGAGAUUACGAGGCUUCAGGUCGGCGAGGGUUGCAUUGACGUGAGGUUGAUUGUGUCGACCGUUAUCGAAGCCGAGCAGUUGAUCCCCCUUCUGAUGGAAUAUAAAAGUCGGAAUGCAAAGGUCAACAUCUUAUAUGGCGUCCCUUUGGGUCCCUCACACGUAAACCGGCUUGCUGCUGUAGGCCAGCAGCUGGGUGACGGGUCUAUCACCCUCAUGAUCGAUCACCCAGAGCAGUUGAAAUGCUUGCCAACAUUUAAAGAAAAGGCAGGAUUUCCCGCCCUGAUCUUCAUCAAGACAGAUUCUGGCUACCACAGGGCUGGUUUGGGUCCAGACUCGAAAGAUAUGAUGGACUUGGUACAAGAAAUUAGCAUCAGCGAGCAGCAAGGCCACCUGCGGUUGCUUGGAUUCUACUCACAUAACAGUCUCAGCUACGGUGGUUCGUCCCCGGACGAUGCUAUGGACAUGCUCAAAGUCGAAAUUGAUGUCUGCCGGCAAGCUUCGCGACACUUCAAGCGAGACCGACAGACGCCGCUGCUCGUGUCGGUUGGAGCGUCUCCCACUGCCCUCUCCAUACAGAACAUUCUGCCUGCCACUGCCAGUUCUACCCCUUCAGCUAAUGCCCUCAGGGACACCCUCGAAUUGACCAAAGCCAAUCUCGAGCUUGAAAUCCAUGCCGGCGUCUACCCGAUCUUUGAUGUCCAGCAAGUGGCAGCCAGCAGCCGCAGCUUUACCUCAGAUCCUCAUGAUACCAUCGCAGUAUCUGUGCUCGCCGAAGUCUGCUCCUUGUACCCGCAUCGAACUAAACAGCCCGAGGCACUGAUCUCUGCUGGUGCUUUGGCACUUGCAAGAGAGCCCUGUAAGGACUACUCUGGGUGGGGUGUUGUAAGUCCGUGGAACAUGCCAGGCGACUAUGGCACGUCAAAGAAAGAUCGGAUCAUUGUCAGCCGCAUCAGUCAGGAGCAUGGCAUCUUGGCUUUUGAAGACAGCAGUGUAGAAAACCGACAGCUUCCUUUGCAGUAUGGACAAAAGCUGCGAGUUUGGCCUAAUCAUGCGUGCAUCACCUUGGCAAUGUUCAGUUGGUAUUUCGUCGUCGAUACAGAUACAGCCACCCCCGACAAGAUUGUUGAUAUCUGGAUAAGGUGGCGAGGCUGGUAA